AUGGCUUCUGAUACCGGCUUCUCUGUCAAACAGUCUUGGGGAGUGGGUUCUGUACGUUUGUGUGCAGGUUUUCCUGGCAACUUCAUACUAGAUGAUGAAAACCCUACGUACUGUCUUCCCAUAGGUUCUCAGAUAGUCAACUGGGACGUUGCAAAGCGACAAAGAAUUUGUUGUUUCCAAGCACAUAGUGAUUUGAUAAUCUGCCUUCUUUACAAUGAAUCCCAUGGAGUCAUACUUUCAGUGUCUUAUAGUGCAGAGAUUAAACUAUGGGACAAACAACUAAAUCUCUUGUAUUCCGAAAACGCUAGUUAUAAAAAUGCUCAUUAUGGCUGGUGGUCUGAUGAUGGAGAAAGAUUUGUGAUUUGUGGAGGUUCUCAAGAUGAGUCGAUAGUUUUUUUAUACAAGUUGAACAAAGACACUGAUGGUAAAGUUAGUUUUAGUUUGGUGUGGAGUCACAAAGGACAUGCUCAAGAAGAAUAUCAGAAUGCACAGACAGGACACACUAGUGACAGUUCACAAAAUGACAGUGUCACUUAUAUCAAUCAGACAGAUGGUUACGUCAUAGCACAGUUCAACUCACAAGGCAACGUUAUUGGAGUAUAUGAGAGGUACCAUGGCAAUGCUAGUGAAGUUCACCUUCUCGGCGACAAUGGUGAAGUGAUUCGUACAGAAUUAUUGGCACCUCUAGGGAACACUAAAUCAUCAAUAAUGUGUACAACACCAUGCAGUAAUGGGGUAUUUGCUGUUGGAUUUCAAGGUGGAAUUUUCAUUGUAUUGAAUGAAAGUGACUUCCAAAUGAUUUCAGUAUUUCAAGGCACAGGGUCACCUCAAGUUGCAUUAUGGGAUGGCCAUCAUAUUCUUGCCAUGUCGUACCUGUCAGGCAUAUUGUCUUGGUGGACGCCGCAAGGUGAACUAAUGUACGAAGUGGGUGGAGCACCAAAGGAUUCUAUAAUGCAUCUUAAUUGGGUUCCCAAUACUUCCCAUAAGGCAAUCUGGGUAGCAGGUAUAAUGUCGCUGAGUUACGUGGAGUUUGAGUAUCAAGAUGAUGAGUGCUGUUUCCCAAUAAAAGUCACAGAGAAGCAUUUACUAAAAUACCAUGAGGUUACAGGAUGUGGUUUUGAUCUUAGUGCAAACCAUCUUGCAGCAUCUGGUGACUUUACUGGUAAAGUCUUUGUAUGGGAAAAGGGACGCACUGACCCAUUAUACAGACUUAAACAUAAUGCAUCAAUACGUUGCUUGACAUGGAAGGAAGACAUACUUUUUAUAGGUGCACUGGAUGGCAAUAUACUCAAAUGGGCUCCAAGUUUCUCAGAUAUUGCUGAUAUAUGCCUAGCAUGUACUGGAGGAGUAUUAUCCCUACGCUGGUCAACUAAUCAACUUGCCGCAGGUCUUGAGAACGGUUGUUUAGUUGUUUACAGAUUCCAAGACAAAGAUUUCACAAAUCCAGUUGAGGAACUCAACUUCAAAGCUCAUCAUCUUUUCAGGGAUGGUCAGCCCGUGGCAGCAGAAUUGUGGAGUGUUUGUUGGAGUCCCUGUGGUAAAAUGAUAGCCACAGCAUCGGAAGAUCAAACAACUUGUAUUUGGAAUCAAACAAAUGGUGAGAAACUCCACACUCUUCAUGGUCACACCACAGCUGUAACGUCAGUUGACUGGAAAAUCCUGGAAAAUGGUAGCAAUGUACUGGCAACAUGUGCUGAUGACCGUACAGUGCGUAUUUACGAUGGUGCUGUUUUUAAUGCAAUUCAUAUAGUCAAACUAGACCACUUACUGGGCUGGUUCACACUAACUUACCUAAGCUUGAAUCCUAUUAGCCAGCAGUGUCUCUGCUCAACACAGAAUGGUCAUCUUGCAUUGUGGGAUUGCAUCACAGGAGAACUUGUAACAUGUCGUAAGAUGCAUUGUGGGUCUAUUGAAGGACUUGCUUGGAGUCAUGACUUCUCUGAGUUUGGUACUGUGAGCUCAGACUGUAUUGUGAAUGUAUUUAGUGUGGAACAAACACAGCAACAAGACCUUUCUAGUAAAAUAUAACUUUAUUUAAGAAAAUAUACAA